AUGGGUUAUAAAAUCGAAUUGCCAUUGGAUUCUAAAGUUAGAAAUGUCAGCAUAUUUGGGUUCGUCAUAAAAUGUUUCACCUGGACAGUUUUAAGUGAGUUAUGUAUAUUUUUUGUUAUUUUGGUUUUCUUUUUUUGUAGCGGUCACAGUUUUGAUAGAUAGAUACCGGUUUCACUUUUUUCACGUCUGUAGAAAAAUAUUAUCAAUCAUUUUUUACAUUUAGCUUCCAGACACUUUUCCAAAAUACAUACUUUUUUUUCAGUUGUUGGCGCGUUUCAAAUCCCACCACUUUUUGGUACUGUAAAUCGAGGUUUAUUUUGUAAUGAUGAAUCGAUUCAUUAUGAUUAUCGUCCAAAUACAAUUUCAUUAAUUCAAAAAAUGAUUUACAAUAUCUCAAUAACGAUUUCAAUUAUUUUUUCUAUUGAAACUUGGCGAUUUUAUAAAGUUAAAAGUUUUCGAGAAUCAACAAAUUAUCAAUGGAAAAAUUACAAUAUUCAUAAAAUUUUGGUGCAAUUUUGGAAAUAUUUCGAGAUUUGUACAAUUGGAUAUUUUGUGACCGUUGCAUGUAAUAUUUCAACAAAACAUAUGGUUGGUAGAUUACGCCCUAAUUUUUGGGAAGUUUGUAAACCAAUUAAUGGAACUUGUUCAUUCGAAGAACCCUAUAAAUAUAUAGCAGAUAUUGAAUGUACUGGAGAUCCAAACGCAGUUGAAGAUGCUAGAAAAAGUUUUUACUCUGGACAUUCUGCUGUUUGUUUUUAUAUUGCAGUUUGGUUGGCGGUUAGUAGCUUUACUUUAUUUGUUGUAUUCUAAAUUAAACAAUAAUAAUUUUCAGCUUUACAUCCAAGCUCGUAUUUUCAAACAUCUCAAUAACCACAUUUUUGUACCAGUUUUACAAACAUUUUUGUUAUUAGUAGCUUCAGCGAUUGGGUUUUCUCGUCUUUAUGAUAAUAAACAUCAUUGGUCUGAUAUUCUAGUUGGAAGUAUUGCUGGAACAAUUACAGCUAUUAUUACUGUAAGAUUAAUUAAUUUCUCAAUUUUCGAAAACAAAAACUAAUCUUACAGUGUUGUUGCUGGUCGGAUUUGUUCCAGAACAGAAUAAAUAAACAAACUGCUACUAACGUUCAAACAGCCGAAUCAAGUACAACUUUGGGAACCGAUCUAUCACGUGAAUCAUCUGUGAACGAUAGAAUAUCAAUAAGGACAAGUUCAACAUAUAUUAAAAAUAAUUAA